UAUACUGUUCGGUAUCCAGGCCUUGAUAUACGCUUCCCAGAAUUAUGACCACCCAAAUCCUAUGGUACCGAUUCACACCAGCUAUCUCCUUCAGGUGCGUUCAAAUCGACUCGAAUUAUCUUUCGUAGAUCUAGCUACUUUAGUCAUGAUGGUACUAACUCGAAUAGAUAUAUGGUGGAUUUUUUCUUAUAGUUUUUCACUUCCUGCUAUUUUGCUUGGAUUGCAUCAUUUGGACGAGAAACAAAAUCAACUAUGUUUUUAUUUUCGAAUACGAUACUAGAAAUGCGUUAGACUGGCGUCAGCUCACUGAGCUACCUUGCCUUUUCAUGUUUUUGUUGGGUGUUUUCAUGUGGCUUAACUUCUUAUCGGUUAAUGCCAUGUACAUUUACUGGCCUGUUGUACUUAUAGGGGUAACGGUGGUUACUCUCUUUCUCCCUGCGCCGGUGCUCUAUCAUCGAAGUCGCAAAUGGUGGGCAUACUCCAAUUGGCGUCUACUACUUGCGGGGUUGUACCCUGUCGAGUUCCGCGACUUCUUUCUUGGGGAUAUGUACUGCUCUCAGACGUACGCUAUGGGGAAUAUCGAGCUAUUCUUUUGUCUCUAUGCCAAGCACUGGACCGAGCACGCGCAGUGUAACUCCUCUCAUUCCAGAUUGUUGGGAUUCUUCACCUGCCUUCCCUCUAUAUGGAGAGCUCUACAAUGUUUACGUCGAUUUGCUGACACGAAAAACUUUUUCCCACACCUUAUGAAUUUCGGGAAGUAUAUUUUCGGAGUCUUGUAUUACUGCACCUUAAGUAUGUAUCGCAUCGAAAGGGUGACACGAUUCCAAGCGCCGUUUAUCACCUUUGCUUUAUUGAAUGCCGUCUAUUGUAGCGUGUGGGACCUCGCCAUGGACUGGAGCUUAGGGAAUCCGUAUGCGAAGCAUCCCCUUCUACGCGAGGUUCUAGCUUUCCGGAAGGCAUGGGUCUACUAUGUAGCCAUGGUUGCCGAUGUCAUUGUGCGAUUCAAUUGGAUAUUCUACGCUAUAUUCGCCCACGACAUUCAACACUCAGCUGUGCUCAGCUUUGUGGUCGGAUUUUCCGAGAUUUGUCGAAGGGGCAUGUGGACGAUAUUCCGAGUGGAGAACGAGCAUUGCACGAAUGUACUGCUUUUCCGGGCAUCAAGAGAUAUACCCUUGCCAUACGAAGUGUCCCACCCACGUACAGAUGCCGACCAUCCCACAGAAGAGAUGGUAGUCCAGGAACCGCAGCAACCAACGCCUCGGCCUCCUACGGCUGAUAUUGAACACGGAACCCCAUCCACGCCAGGCGCAUCCCUGCGGGCACGCGGCUUGUCCCGCGUGGGAACCAUCUUGGCCUCCGCUCACGCACAAGACUUCCAGCGCAGAAAGCGACCGGAGGACUUGGGUGACGCUACCGUAACGCCUAGAUCAGGGGACAGCCCUGAUGAUAGCACCGACGAGGAUGACGAGACAGGUGAUACAAGACCAUACCAAGAUGAUGAAUACAUUGUCGAAGACUUCUCCUAUCGAGACAACGACAGAUAUUCACACUAACCAUGGCUUCAUCUUCAUCUUUUGAUAGCAUUUUCGGGCGCAAUAUUGGAAAACGCUUUAGCUUAUUUCUCAUAUUCAUGAACAUAAUUACGAUG